CCUGCCGUCCGUUCAGUUUCGGUUGCGAUGAUCUGGAGCUGAUUGUUAUUUUGUUAAGUUUUAAAGUUUUGGAAACUAAAUACUGGCACUAUAUUUUGUGAUUUUAAGACAAUUUUGGAAAGAAAUUGACGGAAAAUGGCAAGGGCUGCCCUCGGUCAAACCCAUGAUUUGGCCAGCUUGCCAUAUCUUGAUGAAGAAGUUCUCCUAGCUGAACUGAAGCAUCGAUAUAGUGAUGAUCAAAUCUAUUCCUAUGUAGGUGACAUCCUGGUUGCUGUAAACCCAUUCCGGGACUUGGGAAUUUAUGGAAAGAAGUAUACAGACCAGUACAAACAGUCCAAACGUAAUGAUAAUCCACCCCACAUCUACGCAGUAUCGGACCUUUCCUACCAGUUUAUGCUUUCAGGGACUGCAGUAGGAGGAAAAAAGAAUCAAUGCAUCGUCAUCAGUGGGGAGAGUGGAGCUGGGAAGACAGAGAGUACAAAACUGAUUAUUAAACAGCUCAUUGAACUAUGCAAGGGAAAAUCACAGCUCGAACAACAAAUCUUACAGGUCAACCCCUUAUUAGAAGCGUUUGGUAAUGCACAAACAGUCAUGAAUGAUAACUCAAGUCGCUUUGGAAAAUACAUCCAACUUAAAUUCAAGGAAGGAACAGUGAUGGGGGCCAAGAUCUCUGAGUACCUAUUGGAGAAGUCUAGAGUGGUCUUUCAGAAUCCUGGAGAAGAGAACUUUCACAUCUUCUAUUACAUGCUGGCUGGAUUGGAUGAGGAGAUGAAGAAGAAAUUACAACUGGAGAAUGCUUCUGAUUAUAUGUAUCUAAGAAACGGGCCAUCAUGUCUUAAAAACAACCCAGCAGGACUGAAAAAAUACUUUGAUGAGCUCAUUAAUGCCAUGGAUCUUGUAGGCUUCUUGGAGGAGGAGAAAGAAGAUAUGUUUCAUAUUCUAGCCAGUGUCCUCGCUCUUGGACAGCUGAAGAUAGAGGCUAACGAAGAGGACGCAGCAUACAUCACAAAUCCUGAAGCUGCUCAGAAAGUUGGGGAUCUUCUGGGGAUUGCAAAGGAAGAUUUGAUGUCUAACUUGACAUAUACAACCAGUGUAGCACAUGGAGAGAGAUUUCAGAGGAACUAUACCAAGUCACAAGCACAAGAUGCUAGAGAUGCAAUGACAAAGGCUCUCUAUGGGCGUCUCUUCAGUUGGAUUGUGAACAAGAUCAACCAGCUUCUUGCCCCAGAAGAACAACUUGAUCCAAGCCAGGCUACCGAGAUUGGUAUUCUGGACAUUUUUGGGUUUGAACAUCUGCAGACAAACAGCUUUGAGCAAGCUUGCAUCAACCUAGCCAAUGAACAACUCCAAUACUUCUUCAAUCAGCAUAUUUUCUUGUUAGAACAAGAUGAGUACCAGCGAGAAGGCAUUGAUUGGUCCAACAUUCCUUUUGUCAACAACGAACCACUCCUUGGUCUAUUCUUGACCAAACCAAUUGGUAUCUUGGCUCUCGUAGAUGAGGAAACCCUCUUUCCUAAGGGUAAUGACCACAGUCUAGUAGAGAAAAUGAACAAGCACUUUGCUCGUAAUCAUCAUUACAUCAAAGCAAAGAUCUCAACCAGUAAUACCUUCAGUGUGGAUCACUAUGCUGGAAGGGUUUCCUAUGAUGCAACUGGCUUCCUGGACAAGAAUAGGGAUACACUUCCAAACGCAGUUACCACCAUGUUGCAGAAUAGCAGUAAUGACCUUCUUGCACGUGUGUUCCGAGGCACAAUCACCAGAACAGGAACCCUAGCUCUACAGAACAGAUUGAGCAAGAAGCGGUCAAGAAAAUCUCUAAAAAAGAGAGGAGCCCCUAAGGCUACAGUGAAGAAGAUCACGGUUGGAGCACAGUUUAAGACAUCUCUGGCUAUUUUGAUGGAGCUUCUUAACAUGUCCAAUCCUCACUUCGUUAGAUGCGUCAAACCAAACACUUCCAAGUCGGCAAGAAACUUUGAUGAUAAAUAUGUCACUGCACAGCUGAGAUAUACUGGAAUGCUGGAGACAACUAAGAUCAGACGUCUAGGCUACGCUAUCAGACCACAGUUUGUUGAUUUUGUCAAGAGGUACAAGGUACUUGCUUUGAGUCCAAAGCUGGCCACAGAUAAGAGAGGAUGCGUCAAAAUCUUGGAGACCAUUGGACUCAAAGACUGGAAAGUAGGAAAAACCAAAGUGUUUUUGAAGUACUAUCACCAGGACAUGCUUGAGGAGAAGAUGAGAAAAAUGGGAGAAUCAGCCGUUCAUCUCACAAGAUUGGUACGAGGGUUCCUAGCCAGGCGUCUAUUCAGACGGCUCCAGGAGAAAGCAGCCAAAGAGAAGGCAGAGAGUGAAGCGUUCUUGGCUAAACUAGAAGCUCUGAGUCUCAAACAAUCAAACAACAUGAUGGAUAUGCUCCAGAAAGAUAAGAUGAUUCCACACGAAUUUGUUGAGAAGCUUCACAACGCUACAGGUGUGGUGACCUUUGAUGCAAAUGCCCCUGUUAUUCAGGAAUCUGAGCCUGUAGUCCAGGAGGAGAAGGCUGCCUCUCCAGAUGAAGAUGAUGAGGAUGAUGAUGAUGACGACGAUGACGAGGAUGAUGACGUGAUUGAAGAUGAGUUUGUGAAACAUUCUCAUAAAAAGUUUGGACGUGUUGGAACAAAGUCUGCCUCUAUUAUGUGGUUCAAGGAGACUCAGUCCAUGAAACUCAAGAAAGAUGGUGGUACCUUUUACCCCUGGUUUCAUGGUAUCAUUACUCGCAGACAAGCAGAGGAACUACUGCUACCCAAGCCAGUUGGAUCCUAUCUUCUUAGAGUUAGUGAGAGUCGAUUUGGAUACUCACUUUCACUCAGAGGCGCAGAUCGGUGCAAGCACUUCAUGAUAGAUCAACUUCACAAUGGAAAAUAUGUAGUAGUAGGAGAGCCCCAGGUUCAUAAGACAUUGAAUGAUCUGAUCAAGUUCCAUUCUCUGAAGAAGAACCCUAUAUCACCAUUUGGAGACAUCUUGAUUGAAGCUUGUGGACAGGAGGAGGGAGAAUGUGACUAUGCUGAUCUUGUUGAUAGGGAUGAUGAUAAGAGGAGCUCUACCUCUUCUACAUCAUCCAUGCCGUCACGUUAUAUCCCGUCGCCCUCUGAUGUGGGAUAUUUGACCCCUGACCCCCAGCCCUCUCAGAAGCAGCACUCCCCCUCUCUUCAGCGUCGCCUGACAUCUGGACCUAGAUCCGUGUCGCCGUCCCCUUCCAAAGCAAUUAAAGGGGCCAAGGGGUCUACACAGAGACCUGUCAGUGCUGCAUCAUACCUGAGUGUAACCGAUGAUUCCAAUGCUCGAAAUAAACCUCAACUCCCAGAGCGUGGUGUAGCCCAUACCUUUCGUCGAUCAGCGUUCAGACAGAAGUCUCCGAGUCGUCCACCAUCAUCCCAGUUCUAAAACAAAAGAGCCAAGAUUGUACAUUCAACGGCCAUCUUCUUUCUUUACAGUCCUGAGAAAAGAUAGUUUAUGUAACCUUCAGAUCUGUUUUCUCAGUUCUAGAAAGAAAGAAAUCAAUAUUUGAGUGGAAUUCUUCUGCUCAUCUUUGUCUUCCAUGUUCUGAGUUCAAAGGAGAGGAUUAACCUUCAAGCAGGAAUGCUCUAGAUUUUAUCUGUUUUCUAGCUCUCAGAAAAAACAAACAAACAUUAGAUUGUUAUUUUAUAUUGGAUAAGAUUUAAUGCCAUUUGUUUAAACUCUCUGUACUACAUGUAUAUUGUUUAUCCAUAAAUAGUAAAUUGACUAGUAAGUUAAGUGUGUAACUCUUUUUUAGAAGUGAUUGACUAACGAUAGUGUUACCAUGACAACUCAUUUAACAGAUUAUUUAAUGUGUAAAUUCAGUCUCUUUUAGAAAUAGGAUUUUAAAUGAAUCUCUAAAAAAUGAAUGUAAAUGUAUUGUAUGUAAAUAUUUUUAAAUGGUAACAAAAAAAACAACCUUAUGUUACUCUCCAUUUGUUAUAUUGCAUUUGAUGUCAUCAUGGACAGUCAGCCUUUCUGUUAACUGAAAUCUACAACAAAGUAUUUAAUAAUUCUAUGAUACAUUGUAGAAUAGAUUUGAUAUAGAACACAAUGAAUUUACUCAUACUUAAUUUUCAAUGCCACGUUGACGGUAAUUAUUUCAACACUACGGGCUUUCAAAUUGUAUUCAGGUAUUAUUCGAUAUUUGCAGGAAUCUAACCAAAGAAAAUUUUACACAUAUAGUUGAUAUAGCCUACUAAUGUUGGGUUGGUUUAUGAUAUUUAGAAUAUGUCUUUCAGUGUUGUAUUGUGUACAACUAACAGUACUUGAGUGUGUGUGAUUGAGUACUUGAAGAAAUAACCAGAGAUAAUCUAAUCAUUUUUUUAUAUAAUCUAUACAAGUAGUUUUAUAUUCACAUUCACUGCAUAAUUGUUAUAACUUUAUGUACAGUGAAAAUAUUGGGUAACUUGUUCACAUCUUAAUGAUUAAUCGUUUGAAGCAGAAAAUGUUGAGCUAAUUUCAUUGUGGAUGAAGGAAGAAAUCCUGAUCCAUGAAUGGAAAUUGGCACAAUUUAAAUGUUUGUAAUUGUGAUUAGUAAUGGUUUAAACAGCAAAGCAUGUCUUUAGCAGGGAAUCAGUCCACUAUAUACUAAAGUACAUGUGCAUGUAGAUAUCUAUUUUAAAUAACAAUUGACACUAACAAUAGUAACAAGCAACUGUAUUGACAAAUGACAUUGCAUUAAUAUGUAUGGAUAUUGAAUAUGGGGUUCAUAUUAAAAUAUUUGAGAGGAUAUUGGAUGGUGAUUGAUAUUUGUGUAAUUGCACCAAGUUAAAAUCUCAGUAACUAUUGAGUGCAUAUACAUGGUGCUGAAUCACCAGCUCAUCAUAAAGUUCUAAAAUUGAAUAAAUCUGUGAGUUUAUCAACAUUGCUCUUAUGUAACUAUAGUGAUAGGAUUGUCCACAAAAUUUUUUGAUGGUAGAUGUGUUAAAUAAACAUGGGCAUAUUUACUUGUGUUUUGAAAUAUGCAAUAAAUGCUAUUCAGUCUGAUACAAAAAUCCAGUGUACUGAAUACGCAGUUGAGAAUUUACACAUUUUUAUCAAAGCUGUGCACCCCAGGUUUGUGAUCAUUAAUAAAAAAUAGAAAGGAAGGAUUUUGAUUGUUGAUUUUAAAGUGUUUUUCAUUGCUAUUGCUACAGAUCACUCUUUAGAGGUCAAAUAUCAUUAAUGGUUUAAUUCCAAAUGUUUUAAUACAUUUAGGAUCUUAUAAUUAUGUAUUCUGUAAUAGUGAUAUAGAAAAAUCUAUAUCUGUAAUUUAAAGUAAUUUAGUUGGUAGUAUUAUUGCAUGUAAAUGAUAUGGCUUUAUGAUUAAUGUAAUAUAUAAAAAGUGGCAAAACUGAAAUGUAAUCUUUCGCUUUCUAAAUCCCCUUCUAUCUUUUAUCCCAUUCUCCCCUUUUAUUACCAGGACUCUGACUUAGUAAAUUUAGUAUUUGAUGUAUGGACAUGUAAAUUUGUUGAAAUACUAAAAUAAAACCUUGUUCAACUUUUGAUUUAUAGAGCUUCUGUAUUAUUGAUGCAAAGAAUAACCUGUGUUUGUGACAGAGCUACAAACUUUCCAUUUGUAAAAAUGGGGUAUAUGUAUUUAUAUAUUGUUUAUAAAAAUGUAUGUGUAUCUGGUAGAAUAUGUAUAUAAAAUUGUAGAAUGACAGUUUAUUGGUUAAGACUAGCACCAUCUUUAUUUCACACAGUAAGUAAAAACCUAGUUGUGUUACCAGUGCAAGGCAGCACCAUUUUUACUCUCCUUUCAUUUUUGCAUACUCUCACCCAGUCUGACCUCUCUCAGAAAUUGUUUAACUGUAUUUGAUCUUAAUUAUCAAACUUCAUGCUGUUUGGUGAUUGUAAUUUACAUUGUUUGUUAUCUUGGAUCAUUUUGACAAUGAACAUUUGAGUUUGCUCCUCCACUAUGGGGGACAAUACUCCACUGGAAUUAGUCUGAUGUACCUCAAAAUGAUACUUUCUUGUAACAGGACUAUGUUAUAUUGGGCUGCAAAUCAUUGUAUAUGUAUUUGAUUUUCCUCACAAUAAGAUGACACAAUAGUCCCUCAUGGAUUAUUCUCAAGCAAUAUUCAGUGGAAUCAUUGUUAUCCUGUGGUUCUGACUCUCGCCUUUCAAUCAGAGAUUCAUGGGUUUGCAUCUCAGCAGUUGCAUUAUUUCCUACGGCAAAAAAUUUAUUGAUGUUCUGCACACGACCAAGGUGCAGGUACAUGUAAUGGUGACAGAAUAAUGCAUUCCUUGAAAUAUGUGCACCCUGGACGUGGAUAGGGUACAGCCAGGCUAGUAAUGACAAUUUGUAUCUUGACCAUUCUACAGCGUGGAUAGUGAAUAUGAGUGCUUUCAUAGUAGUUUGCAUAAUUAUUAUUAUUGGUAUACUAGAUGUUGUCACCUAGGUCUUAACAUGAAUUAUAUGACAGGAACAAUGGGCGGGUUAAAAAAAAUUUGGUGAGGAUUGCCCAUUAAAUGACCCUUUUAAUCAGACCAUAUUACAGUUAGAUUAGGACAUUGUUGUGGAUAAUGACUGGAUUUUAUGACCUAUUCUCAAUGAUUUCACAGUUUGUAGCGGGUUUUGUUUGAAAGACAUCAGAACAACAACUUUUAUUCAUAUUUGAUGGGUGAGACAGAUGAUCUAUCAUACACAUGUUAUAUAUGUCACCCAUUCAGGUUCAUUGACAUGGUAGUUUAAUAUUCGCAUUGUAUUGUACUACCUCUAAAGCUCAACCUGUGUAUGAAAACUUGUAACCAAUCAGAAUUGUAUGGUCCUCUCAUGCUCUCUGUUGGCAACAACUGCUGUCAUUAUUGGUUAUAACUACAUGUCAAUGUAGAAUAUGGUUAUAACUACUUGUCAGUAGAAUGAAAUGAUAUCUAUCCCAUAUUAUGUUACGGUCAAGCAUUCCAAUUUGGGAGAAAAUGUUCAUUUGGCUCUUCAUCGCUCUGUAAGAUUGAAUAAUCUCCAUUUCAUCAUUUGUUAGUGUCUUUCAACAAAGUCUUUCAAGGUAUAUGACCAUUUUAUUAAAGAAAAAAGGUAUCAUUCCAAACAUUGUCAAACUAUCGACAUGUACUAUAUAUUUAUCAUCAUUUUUAGUAGUUACAGGUAAUCAAUGUUUUCAUCAUAUCUUUUGAGACUAAAAGCAAGAAAUCAAUAUUGAUGUAUUAAAGUUCUGAUAAAUUUUCGUAGAGAUAAAUUAUAAAUUAUUACAACAGUUACCAUUGUGUAUUAAUUAUUAUAUUUUAAUAUUGACUAAUUUGAUAUAAAAUUUUUUGUAGAAAUUCAGAAAAUGCAGCUUAGUUUUGAUUAAAUAAAUUUUGAUAACUUCAAUAAAGAUUAUGCUUGAAUUUUCUUCAUGUCUUGGUCUGCUGCAGUCUAGUAAAUUUCUAAAAUAUCUGCAACUCAAAUUCAUGGAAUAUGUAUUUUUUAUUUCUUACUGAACUAUGAAACGUGACACUGGUAUCAUUGGGCGGUAUCAUUAUUCCUCUUUACAAUUACAUGCCCUUUGUUUUGAUUAUGUAAUCAUGGAAUGUGUGCAGCUACCACUAUAAGAUACAUGUAAGGCAAGGCCAAAGUUAAAAGUCACACUAUGCAUUGUUUAAUGAGCAAAGUCUCCAUUCCUUUUGAAUAUGCAGCAUAUUUCUAUUGAAAAAGCUUAAUAGUCAAAAUAUUAAAAUUGAUUCCAAACUAUCAGCAUAGCCCCAGAAGUCAUCAGUUGGAUGUGCUAAUUUUGAGAAAUUUGUAAGGGAGACUAAUUGAAAGACAUGUGAACAUUAUUGAAAGAGAAAUUCCUAUUAGAGAGACGAAAACGAUCAAAAGAAUGUGGACCUAUUGACAUUUAUUGAGACAGCCAUUGCACAAUUUUGGAUAAAUAGCACUUAAGGCAGAAUGGCUGAAUUGUCAAAUGACUGAAUUGUCUUUGCAAUGCAUCUGCAGUUACUAUGGUCUAGACUCCCUUUAAAAAUGACAUCACCCUACAUGUAGCUACUUUUAGGGGGCUCUUGUAGAGCUAAUACAUGGUAAAUGAUUUGGGCAAAGACUCACAAUGGACAUGUUUUAAAACUCAAACAAAAAUGUUGAUAAAAAACAAUUUAUUCAGUCUCUGAUAAAAAGGAAAAAUUGUAUAACAUAAAAAAUGCUAUAAAGAAAACAUGUAUUUUAACAGAGUGUAGUGUACAUGCUUCCCAGCUAGAUAUAUAUACUUCUUAUAUCAGCUCAACCAAUAAUGAAAUAUCAUGUAUUAUACUCUCAUAAAAUGACCAGACGGAAUUCAAAAUAAGACAUUUUACAACACAUACAAUAAACAUGAAACUUUAUCGGGAUCUCAUAUUGUUUUAUAAUGAAACUACUAUUCUGUGUCUAACUACACUACUAAUUUAGAAUUACAGUCAUCAUUAGGGACUAAGAAUACAACAGUGUUUGGUGAAAGAAACAGACCACAAUAUUAGUACAUUCUAAAUACCAUUAUCUUUACUGUCUUAUUUUAGAUCAUACAGGUAUUUUAAAAUCUUUCAUAAAAAGAAACUGAAUACCCCUUUGUUUAGUAAAAUUGCAUUCUCUUUGAAAUUCUUAAAACAUUAAGUAUGUAUAUAUACAUGUAGAUGAUAUUACAACCAUGAUAAGUUUUAGUGAGUGACACAAUAGAACUUGGUCAAUCCUGAACAAAGCAAAACUUUAUCUAUCUUGGAUUCCUAUAACUUCAUAUUAUGGUAAUGGAAAACAUGUCUGUCUUCGAUUCCCUGUAUCAAAUCUUGCUGUUUGCUUAUUCUAGUAGGUUUUAGGGGCAAUAUACCGAUCCUUUGCAAGGUUAUUGCUUUGAAAUAGUUAGAAAUGCAUCUUUCCUACUUAUCUACAGACAAGUGAUUGAUUUUUUUUGAUAGCUCAUAUAGUUUUAAAGCAAUCAUGACUUCAUAAAUCAAUAUGAAAACGCAAUAAAUUUGAGUCUUAUUUGAAUAAAAACGUUAGAAAUAUAUACACAGUACAAUAGCAGAAUUGAAAGAAAAGAGAGGAUAGAAUAUGUUGGUAGGUGGUAACAUACACCAAACACACAGCAAUGUAACAGUAACGGGUAGAAGUAAACAUAAGUGGUAAAGUAUGAGUAGUAGAAUAUGCAAAAGAACUCAAGAUAAAUGGAGAAACGUUUUGCAAGUACACCUUUAAGGAUCGAGUGUAUGAAGGGAAUAUUGCUUUGGAAAAAAUGUAAUUAUGUAAUUAUUGUGUAUAAUACGAAAAGUUUUGGAAAAUAAAAUUGCUGUCAAUUUCCAGGCUGGAUACGAUGUUAUCUUAAGUACAGAAUCAUCUUUGAAAUUAAAUCAGUAUCAAACUUUCCUGGAGGAUUAGGUAAAUUUUUGCUUUGGCUCAUUCUAUAUUAAGACUAUUAUGCAGCAAUAUUAGGAAGGGGGGAGGGGAAAACAGAUGGAUGGGGAAAUAGAAUUCUUACAGCCAUGACAAAUAUCUUUACAUAUCUCAUUCUUCAUGUUCUAAAAUAUCCUAAAAAUAUAAAUCUACAAUGACUCUGCCAAGCUAGCCAACUGUUUUUGUUCUGCAGAUGUGACUCAACAUCUAGACAGUGUUUUGUAUAACCUGGAAAUCUAAUCAUUUUAUUGCGUAAAGUCCAUGUCUUAGGUAGAAAAUCAGAUAUAUUCCCUACAAU